AUGCAUUCCCACCUACACACCCCUACAAUGCCAGUACACUGCGAAGAGAUCAUGACCGCUCUCGACGAAUGUCACGCUCGCGGAUUCCUUCACAAAGCCCUGGGCAAUUGCAACGACAUCAAGCGUGACGUCAACAAGUGCCUCGCCGCGGAGCGGUAUCAGCGCGCAAAGAAGAAUCGGGACCAGGCUCGGGAUAACCGGAAGCGGAUCGAGAAGAUCUGGGCUGAGGAGAGGGCUCUCGAGCAGGGUGUUUCGCUCAAUGGGGAGUCGAAGCAGCAAUAACUGCGUUGCUGACGAGUUUGGAAGUCGACGAUUGAGAAGGUGGAUGGGGUUGUUUUGCAUGAUGGAGUUGUUGUCUUGGUUUGGUGCUAGGCGGCGUUUAUGGUCUUGUUCUCUCUUCUCAUCUUCUGAGUGGUGUCACUCAUUCUACUCAGUGUAACACUACAUGUCUGUAUAUAUAGCGUGGACGAG